AUGAAUACUAAUUCCAGUUUAUCACCAACAACUAAAAAUCCAAUACUUAUAAAUACAUCUUCAAAUUUGAAUAUGAUGCAAACAGCUAUAUCUCAUCAUGAACAAUAUCAAUCAAUUAAUGAUAAUCUUUUUCUAGCAUCAAAUGAUGUUUCAUCAUUAGUUAAUAGUACGAUAUCAUCAUUAACAUUUUCUAACUCAGUUACAAAUUCAAUGGCUCAUAAUGAAUAUUCAUGGAUGAGACAAGAAUUUAAUUCUGAAUAUAAACGUCCUCGAGCACCUUAUACACGUCAUCAACUACUUGAAUUAGAAAAAGAAUUUCAUUAUAAUAGAUAUUUGUCACGUUGGCGACGAAUUGAAAUUUCUGAUAGAAUUGCACUAACUGAUCGACAAAUUAAAAUUUGGUUUCAAAGUCGUCGAUAUAAAUGGAAACAUGAUAGGUAUAAAUCACGUAAUGAUUCACAUGUUCAAUUUGAAGAAAAUGCAAUAAAUCAUGGUCAAAAUGGUGCUAUAUCAACUAAUGACACAUCAUGA